GCGCGGCCCUCUGAAGCCCUCAGCCUGGAGCUGCAGGAGAAGAGGGAACUGAAACGCUGUGGAACCAGAGGCUGAGGGAGCGGCGCGAUGGAGGGAGGAGGAGCGACGGACCGGCAGGCCUAGCUCCGGGGCUGCAGCGGCUGAGGCGCAGGGAUGGAACCCCUGCGGGUGCUGGAGCUGUACAGCGGCGUGGGCGGCAUGCACCACGCGCUGAGAGCAUUGGAAUGCUGUUUAGAGAGAUGAACCAGAAGUCCACGUCCAAAUAUUUCACUUCAUGCCUGGCUUCCCCGGGCCUGACCUUCCAUUGACAGUCUGAGAUCAGGCUAAUGCAUGAGGAAAAAGCUGUAUACCUGCACAAGUGGUGGCUGCCAUUGAUGUCAACACUGUCGCUAAUGAAGUAUACAAGUAUAAUUUUCCUCACACACAGUUACUUGCCAAGACAAUUGAAGAUUGGUCGGCAGGGUGAUAUGACUGAUUCAAGGACGAAUAGCUUCUUAUAUAUUCUCAAUAUUCUCCCAAGAUUACAAAAAUUACCAAAGUAUAUUCUUUUGGAAAAUGUUAAAGGUUUUGAAGUAUCUUCUACAAGAGACCUCUUGAUACAAACAAUAGAAAAUUGUGGCUUUCAGUACCAAGAGUUUCUAUUAUCUCCAACCUCUCUUGGCAUUCCAAAUUCAAGGCUACGGUAUUUUCUUAUUGCAAAGCUUCAGUCCAAACCAUUACCUUUUCAAGCCCCUGGUCAGGUACUGAUGGAGUUCCCCAAAGUUGAAUCUGUACAUCCACAAAAAUAUACAAUGGAUGUAGAAAAUAAAAUUCAAGAAAAGAACAUUGAACGAAAUAUUAGCUUUGAUAGCAGCACACAGUGUUCUGGAAAAGAUGCCAUUCUUUUUAAGCUUGAAACUGCAGAAGAAAUUCACAGGAAAAAUCAACAAGAUAGUGAUCUCUCUGUGAAAAUGCUAAAAGAUUUUCUUGAAGAUGACACUGACAUGAACCAGUAUCUUUUACCACCAAAGUCAUUGCUGCGAUAUGCUCUUCUAUUGGACAUUGUUCAGCCCACUUGUAGAAGGUCCGUGUGCUUUACCAAAGGAUAUGGAAGCUACAUAGAAGGGACAGGGUCUGUGUUACAGACUGCAGAGGAUGUGCAGAUUGAGAAUAUCUACAAAUCCCUUACCAAGCUGUCACAAGAAGAACAGAUAACAAAGCUGUUCAUGCUUAAACUGCGAUAUUUCACUCCUAAAGAAAUAGCAAAUCUCCUUGGAUUUCCUCCAGAGUUCGGAUUUCCUGAGAAGAUAACAGUGAAACAGCGUUAUCGCCUACUUGGAAAUAGUCUCAACGUGCAUGUAGUAGCUAAACUAAUCAAAAUCCUAUAUGAAUAAUUUCGAAAUAACUGUGAAAGAUGAUCAUAUGAUAUUCCUUCAUUUUCAGAGAGUAAUUCUGAAAUUCUAUUUUGGACUAAUUCUGGUGAAAUUUAGCUAAAUUAUUUUAAUCUGUCUUUAAUAAGAACUUUGGAUUUUAUUUAAAAAUCCACUUGUUUCCUCAAAUUUAUAUUACUGUAUUUUAUAAAAUACAAACUAUUGGUAUGCUUUAUGGAGAGUAUAUUUGCAUAUGAAACUGGUAAAUAUAUAUGUGGAAUAUUCUUUUUAAAAUGAUUUCAUAAACAAAUCAAGGAGCACUAGAAUUUUAGUGUCUACAUGAGUAUCUUGUGAAGUAUCAUAACAGGCAUAUUUUUAUGUUAAUUAAAGAAGUUUUUUAUUUCUAAUUUUAAAAUAAUGAUUCUAAUUCUAGCCCAUUGAAUGUUUUACUUAAUUUCCAAUCCUGUAAACACUUCUUUAUUUCAUCUAAACAAAUGCAUAUGAUAUGUAAACCAAAUUAUCAUUAUUCAAUUUGUACAGCAGUCUGAAGAUUAUGUCAGGAAAAAUAAUCCUAAAUGUUUGAUUACCUCUCCAUCAAGUGGUACAGAAACUGUUGGUGCACAUUAUCUACAUUUUCCUCAGUCUCUAUCUGAAGGACAAAACUCAUUUUUCCUUCUUCAUUUUGUAUGUACUUUCCUUUAGUUUGCUAUUAUCAAAUCUUGUUUUUGUCUUCUCAGCUUCUGAGUUGAAUUUGCCUUUGCACGCUGAGGAAUGUAGCAUGGCAUUAAGAUUUCAGGGAGGAAGCUGCCCUCUGAUCCCAUGCCAUAUGACACUACUGCCCUUCCCCCAAUUGUUCUUUAUUGUGGCAACAUACACUCUGAAUUAACUUUUAUGACUUUUAACUUUCUCUGUCUCUCUUCCUCAGUAGACCUCUUGGAAUUAGGAUUUCUAAUCAAACUAAGUCUUGCAUCAUAAAUGCUGUGGUUUAUGAUAAAAGCAAGUGACAAAGAGAAGAGAGAUGAAAAGAAACAAGUCCAGAAAUCAUAUUACAAGAUUUUAAUUCAAAUUUUUCUUCUUAAAAAUCAACUAUUUUGAGGUCGAUAAAUUGGAAGUUUGUGCAUUGCUUGUGGGAACGUAAAAUUGUUCAGCUGCUGUUGGAAAAUAGUAUGGAGGUUUGUCACAAAAUUCAACAUAGAAUUACCCUAUGAUUCAGCAAUUCCACCUCUGGCUAUAGACCCAAAAGAAUUGAAAGCAGGGACUUGAACAGAUAUUUGUACACCAGUGUUUAUAACACCAUUAUUCACAGUAGCCAAGCAGCCCAAGUGUCAUCCCAUUCAUCCAUGAAUGGAUGCACGAAAUGUGUGCCGUGCAUGCAGUGGAAUAGUACCAACCUUCAACAGUAAGGAAAUUCUGACAUAUGCGGUGACACAGAUGAACCUUGAGUACCUUAUGCGAAGUGAAAUAAGCCACUCUGUGGGAAGGGAGAAUGGGUAGUUAGUGCUUACUGGGUACAAAGUUUCUGUUUGGGGUGAUGAGAAAGUUCUGGAGGUGGGUGAGGAGGAUGAUUGCACAACAAUGUGAAUACUUAAUGCCACUGCAACUGUAUAUUUAAAAAUAGUUAAAAUGAUAAAUUUUAUAUUAUGUAUAUUUUACUGCAAUUGAAAAAAUCAUACUCUAUUACCAAUUUUUCAGAACUCAUAGAUAAAUAUGAAUAUAGGGAAGCUAUAAGCCAGCCCAUAUACAGAAACUAUCACUAUCUACAUUUUUCAUAUGUGUUCAAAGACAGAGCCUAUUACAAGUCUCAUAAAUUUCAGUAAACGGAAAUUAUUUUGGCACACUUUCAUGUAGGUUCUCUUCACUGCUGAAAGAUUCUAAAUAAAAUGGUUUAGAAUUUUACUGUAACUCUAUGAAUAAUUAUGCUAUAAUUAUAGUAUCCUACAUUUGGUUGAGCACCAUUAUGCAAAAUAAGUGUCAAGUUACUGUUCACCAACUAUAAACACUUGAAAGGCCUGUAGAGACAUUUGCUUACAAACUGGAAGACAGAAGGUAGCUUUGUGGAAUUUUUAAAUUAUGGAAAUGUAUUCACAGAAGACGGUGAUUCUUGCCCUUAAUUCAUAAUUGAAAAUAUACAGUAACAAGCAUAAAACUCACAUCUUAAUGAAGAAGUAUCUACCAGUUUCAUUCAAUUAGCUGAUGUAUAUGUAUGCAUAAUUAAUUUGGAAAGUGUUAUUUUAUGGAAUAUCUGCUAUACGCUUUUGGUAAUAAUGCUGUAUAUAAAAUUUGCACUGGAAAUUCUUUUUCCUGAUAUUUGGACUUGUACGUUUAUUCAGAUAUUGGAAAACAUAGCUUCUCAUUUUCAAGAGAAUAAUGUGUAAUUCAAUCUUCACCAUACCUAACAGUAAACUGAUUUUUCAUUCUCCUUUUCCCAUCAUCCUUGCUCUUUUAAAUGGCUUACCAGAUAAUUCUAAGGCAUUUAUUACCCUGCUUCAUAUUUUUAGUAUGUCUUCAGGAUCCAAAACUAAUUUUAAAAGAUGACCAAAUCAAUUAAUGUAAACAAAAUGAGUCAUAAUUGGAAAAUGAUUUUGAAGAGGUGGGUAGUCAUUGUAGGAGGGGUCAGAGCCUGACAAUCCUCAGUGGCAGGCAAGAAAGAGGAAUGACAGCAUCAUCUUCAUAGAGGACCCUGGACAUGGUGUUCUGGCUAUUAAAUCAGACCUGCACCAGAGGCACUGCCCUGUGCCUGGAAAGGUGAGAAAAUACCUCCAACCUUCAGCCAACUUUUCUUCCUAAAAAAGUAGAGCCUUCUACAGAGGCAAAAAUGGUAGUUGAAAUUGUGAACAGUGAGGGUCCGUCCAGCACUUUUUUAGAAAUUUGAGGGUAAACUGUUGCUUGAAAUGAUCCAACUUUUCAAAGAGGUAAAGUUAUGUAGUAGAGAGACUUUUAGGUUGCCCUGAAAAGCUGUAUUGCUACCAUGUGGGAUGUAAAGCUGGAUGGAGUUAGAGGUGAGUGCAGGCAAUUCAACGCAUUCGUAGGGGUGGAAUUCCUCAGCAGAAAUCACCAUCUGGGUUUUGCUCCCAUCUCAACCUAGUUCAGGUCUAGAGUGAUUAAGUUGGAGACUUCUGAGGAGAGAGAAAUGAACUAAAGAUAAAUAAAACUGAUUUAAUUUUAGCUAUAGCAGAACAGAACAAAGAAGCAACCACAUUUCAUCUAACAUCAAGCACCUACUAAAGGAUGCAUUCUGCAUGCCAACUGUAUCCGCAUCCAAACCAAAGUCACUCUGGUUGCCCUUUUGAUUUGAUAACUUAAGAGUUUAGAAACAAGAGGUUUCUAAAUAAGCCAAGAUAACACAAUAAGGACCAAAUUUUAAUCGCACAUAGACAAAGAGAUUAAAGUGGGUUUUCCUGAAUUGCUUAUGUUAUGAACAGAAAGUUACCUUGUCAUAAUUUGGCCUUCGGCUUGGAAUUCUAACUGUUUUAGGCCACCAGUUAUGACACUGACUUACUAAUAGCUUUGGACUUUGAAAUUGAGUGAGAGUCAUAUAGCUUCAGCAGUUUUCUUGUAGCCUGUGAUUGCACUGAGAUCAUAUAAUUUUUAAAGACAUGGCCUUUGGACCUCUGUCUACUAGUUAAUCUCUCCCAUCUACCAUUCAAAUGUGCUAUAUACAACUAUCAUAUCAACUUCUUAGCAAGCACUUUUCUGGUCCUCCAUCACACCCACCGAGAUGUCUAGUUAUGCCUUUCAUUUGCGGGUUUCCCCCCGCUUUUUUUUUUUUUUUUUUUUUUUGAGAUGGAGUCUCGCUCUGUUGCCACCAUGCCCAGCCUCCCUUUGCAUGUUUCUUAAAAAGGCAUUAAGCAUCUUGCACAUGUUCUUUGGUUUCAGUUUGCAUGAGUCAACCUGUCUGCAUCAUUUUCCCUUUCACUAUUUCUCGUCUUUGCUGGUAAAAUUUUAAAGCUUCAGUUUAAAAAAAAAAAAAAAAAAGUCUUUUUUGUUGUUGUUUCUAUCUUCCGUUUCUCUCUUUAGGCUGUCUAGGAACAUUUUAAGGUACUCAUGCUCUUCAAAAUCUUACACAAUCAAGAUCCAAACUCCAUCACCAUUCGUGUCUUAGCUUGUGAAUUUCUUUCUUUUUAAAUAAAGUUGUUCAGCAAAUAUGAGCAUGUGCAACGAGCUGUUUUGGCUUUGUAUUCCCCAAGUUCUCAUAUAAAUUGGCUUUAUAUUUACCAUAGAUUCUGAGUCUUGCUUUCCGCCACAUCCGCACUUACUGAAGUCUUCCUCAAGUACACCACACUUGACUCCUAAAGCUUCCAAAAUCUCAUUUUUCCUAUAAAUAUGAGACUGGAAAUUUUCCCAAAAACUAGAAGAUAGGAAUUGAGUUCUGCCAUAGAAGAACUCUCUUCUGAAUAACCCUAGGGUUUUUUCACUUCUUUGCUUGGACCUAGCAUAGCUUCAGUGUUUACUUCAAAUAUUUGCUCUGUAUUUUGUUUGCAUUUUGAUUUCUAUUUUUAUCAGGACAGAUUGAAAUUGUAAGAGUAUACACAGAGAACAUGUUUGUUUAGCUAAAUUAGCACUAUAAUCAGAUGAGAUCACCUAGAGGGGCAGAGGAUGAGAGUGAAAGAGAGAAAGAAAGAGAAGAGCAGAGGCUCGGAGCUGACUUAUCUGAAGAUUCAAUCCUCAGGUCUCUUUCUACUCUUCACUUUUCAAGACACUUUUCUCAGAGAUUCUCACCCUUUCCUAAAACUUCAGCCAUUUUGCCAGUGACACCCAGAUGACUCUAAAUCUGCUAUUUUCCUAAACCCUAUUUUAGAAUCUUCAUGCUGGGACAUUUUUAACUUAGAUAUCUUGCUAUUCAAGUUGUAUCAAAUUUGCAUCAAAUUUAGCAUGUUUGCAGCCUCAGCACUCUCCAUUCUAUAGUCAGUUCCACUCGUGACUUUAAUAUUUAUGGUACGGUUAGUCUCCAAAUCUUCCAAGUUCAAGCCUCAUAACCAAAGAUCAUCUUCACCUUCCUUCUCACUCUGCAUUCCAUUGGUCAGCUUCUGUUAAAACAGCCUUCCUAAGGCAGGUCUUCUCUGAACCAUCAUCUAUUUUUAGGAAAUCUUAUAAAAAGUCACUGAGAUUUAAAAACACCCACACAUAUAUUUGCAAUCAUAUUUGUGUGGUUGGUUAAACAUGUCAACAUUGAACAGAUUUGAGCCUUCUAAAUUUAAUCUAGCAUGAAUGUCAUUUUUACUAAAAUAUUUGCUAUUUUACUCACUUAGCUGGUUCCUUACACAAGUCCAGUUAAAUUUCACAUAUGGAAAAAUGACUGAAAACACCUAAUGGAAUGCGAUACUCCUUGUGUAGUAGAAAUGAGUUGAGUUUCAGAUUUGAGAGCUGAUCCUAUGAAUUAAUAGACAAUAAACUGAAUAGUUGUUACGAUUUGAGUUUAAAAAUGGAAAAUGUUUCAUGUUUUACAGAAUGUAAACGUCCAAAAGGGCAGAGAUUGUUAAUACAUUUUUCCCCCAGUGACUUAAAACAGUACUGGCACGUAGUAAGCACUCAAUAAAUAUUUGUUGAAUGAGUGAAUAUAGGAACCAUACUGGAAUCGAUAUUGAAGCUACAUAGAAAACAUCACACUGUGGAGUUCAAACAGUGUCUUUAAGUUGUUCUCUUUAAAACUAUUUAAGUUGUCUGUUACUGCCACUUCUUCCAUGCCCAGAGGAACAGCCAAAGUUACUCAAGUCCGGAAGACAAGAUUUAAAAAUAAUUCUAGGGUAGGCUUUUGGCUUUUGGAAAGUAGUGCAAAUAAAAGUUUUUGAAAUACUGUA